AUUGUUUUGUUAUUUCGGAAUAGUUUUCAUCGCAUGUUUUGAUAGUGACACGAUUACGUAUAAACACAAUUUAUCACAAUGGGUAUAUUAGAAAGAAUCAGUGAAAUAGAAAAAGAAAUUUCUAGGACCCAAAAGAAUAAAGCUACUGAGUAUCAUCUUGGUGUACUAAAAGCAAAACUUGCUAAGUAUCGUUCUCAAUUGCUUGAACCAACAGGGAAAAAAGAAAAGGGUGAAGGUUUCGAUGUUAUGAAAUCUGGUGAUGCACGGGUGGCUCUAAUUGGUUUUCCAUCUGUUGGUAAGUCUACAUUACUGAAUAUAAUGACUGAUACCCAUAGUGAAUCUGCUGCAUAUGAAUUUACCACUUUAACAUGUAUCCCUGGAGUUAUUCAAUAUAAAGGUGCUAAUAUACAAUUACUUGAUCUUCCUGGAAUCAUUGAAGGAGCUGCUGCAGGUAAGGGUAGAGGAAGGCAAGUUAUUGCUGUUGCAAGAACUGCUGAUUUAGUUCUAAUGAUGUUAGAUGCAACAAAAGGUGAAAUUCAAAAACAACUUCUGGAAAAAGAGUUGGAGACGGUUGGAAUUCGGCUGAACAAACAAAAACCCAAUAUUUAUUUUAAGAUAAAAAAGGCUGGUGGAAUAUCUUUCAAUGCUAUGUGCAACUUAACAAAAUGUGAUGAAAAGCUAGUACAAAUGGUUCUACAUGAAUAUAAAAUUUUUAAUGCUGAAGUAUUGUUCCGUGAAGAUUGCUCCGCAGAUGAGCUUAUAGAUGUGAUAAAUAGAAACCGAGUGUAUCUCCCCUGUUUGUAUGUGUAUAAUAAAAUAGAUCAGGUUUCUAUAGAAGAAGUAGAUCGUCUAGCCCAUCUACCAAAUUCAAUUGUUGUGAGUUGUAACAUGAAAUUAAACCUUGAUUACUUAUUGGACAAGUUAUGGGAAUAUCUAGCCUUAAUCCGAGUUUAUACCAAGAAAAGAGGAGAGCCUCCAGAUUUCGAUGGUGGUUUGAUUCUCAGACGAGGAGCUACUGUCGAACAUGUGUGCCAUGCAAUUCAUAGAAGUAUAGUGAAUGUAUUUAAAUAUGCCUUAGUGUGGGGAACCAGCACAAAAUAUAGUCCUCAAAGAGUUGGCCUGCAACAUGUGGUGCAUCAUGAAGAUGUAAUACAAAUUAUAAAGAAAUAGCCUUACUAAAAUAUAUUCUUUUUGUAAAUGAAAUUAAACUUAUUGCAAUGA